AUGGAACAACAAACAAUAUCCAUAACCAAAGCAGGAAUAACAACAAUUCUGAAUUCCAGGACUUCUGUAUUAGCUGCAACAAACCCUCCAUCAGGUCGUUAUGAUGAUCUCAAAACUGCACAAGAUAACAUUGACUUACAGACUACAAUUCUUUCAAGAUUUGACCUCAUCUUCAUUGUCGAAGAUAUAAACAUGUUCAGCCAAGACAAGAUUCUUCUUGUUGUUAGAGCUGAAGCUACUGCUCAAGACACGCAACAUGGAGGUACAACUCUACAUACUGCUGCUAUGACUAAUGAUUUGGAGUUAGUUAAAAAAGGCAUGAAUGAGUUGAAUUGGUUGGACCAUUAA